AUGUUAGAUAUUGAUUAUAACAAGUCCUCUGCAUCUGUAACCUUUACUAACUGCCUAAGCAAGAUCAGAUUUAAACCUUUAAAAGACAAUCCUUAUAUCUAUCAGAAAGAUAAUAUUAUUCUUAUCAUAUUUAUUAAUAAUUCAGCCAUUACAGCUCUGAGACAGAAAGACCUUAUAGAGCUAAAACAAUACCUACUCCAGGCACCCCUUGCUGCAGACAUGAAGACCCUGAAACACAUCUGCCAAUAUCUAACCAACAAUCCUGAACUCAGCAUCCUGCUCGCAGCGGACCAUAUGAAGAGUAUAGAGACCCUUAUUAUAACCUUCUUAGCCAUUACAGAGUUCUGCACGUUCAAUAGUACCAUCAAAGAAACACUUUAUAUUAAAAAAUUGGUAGUAGUGCUUGGCCUUAUGGUCUCGCCCAACGGCCGGAUCCCAGUGUUCACGGACUCAGUGAAUUCUCUUAAUAUCCUGCACCAGGAAGGCUAUACUCACACCAUCAGGUAG